AUGGUAACUGCACUACCGAGCAUUUUUUCCAUCGUGGUAAUAAUAGAAUUUCUCCUAGGAAAUUUUGCCAAUGGCUUCAUAGCACUGGUGAACUUCAUUGACUGGACCAAGAGACAAAAGAUCUCCUCAGUUGAUCACAUUCUCGCUGCUCUGGCUGUCUCCAGAAUUGGUUUGCUCUGGGUAAUGAUAAUAAAUUGGUAUGCAACUUUGUUCAAUCCAGAUUUCUAUAGCUUAGAAGUAAGAAUUAUUUUUCAAAUUGCCUGGACAGUAAGCAAUCAUUUUAGCAUCUGGCUGGCUACUAGCCUCAGCAUAUUUUAUUUGUUCAAAAUAGCCAACUUCUCCAGCCGUAUUUUCCUUCGCCUCAAGUGGAGAGUUAAAAGCAUAGUUCUUGUGAUUCUGUUGGGGUCCUUGUUCUUUUUGGUUUUUCAUGUUGUGGUGGUGAGCGUACAUGAGAAAGUGCAGACUGAGGUAUAUGAAGGAAACGGCACUAGGAAGACCAAAUUGAGGGACAUUUUACAGCUCUCAAAUAGGACUAUAUUCACACUAGCAAACUUCAUACCCUUUGGUAUGUCCCUGAUGUCUUUUGUGCUGUUGAUCUUUUCCCUCUGGAAACAUCUCAAGAGGAUGCAGCUCUGUGAUAAGGGAUCCCAAGAUCCCAGCACCAAGGUCCACAUAAGAACCAUGCAGACUGUGGUCUCCUUUCUCUUGUUCUUUGCCGGUUACUUCUUUACUCUGACGAUCACAAUUUGGAGUUCUAAUUGGCUGCAGAACGAGUUCGGCUUCCUCCUUUGCCAGGUUAUUGGAAUCCUAUAUCCUUCAAUCCACUCGUUGAUGCUGAUUUGGGGAAACAAGAAGCUAAGACAGGCCUUUCUGUCAUUUCUGUGGCAGCUGAAGUGCUGACUGAAAGAAACAAAGAGGAGCAUUGUGUGUCUUCUAGGAGAAAACCAGUUGAUGGAGCCCAUAACAUU